AUGCCACGAACCAUAGAAGGUGAAGCUCUGAUUCGUUUACCGAGCAUGAACAAAAGAAUCUUCCCUCCCAGAAGAAUGACUCUUUGCAAGAAAGGCAGUAGUGUUUACCUCCUCGAGUACCGCUCUUCUUAUGUAGGACAAAUUGUAGAUUUUACCCGGUUUGAAGCGAGGGAGAGCGCUGACGUUUUGCUGGAAGAGCUUCCGAAAAGAAUCAAAUUAGAGAAUGGAGGAGAGCUGGAGGAGAUAAGUGAUCUUUCAGCUCCGAUCCAGCGCGUCAGAGCUUGCAUCAGAAUACUGAAGAAUUCCAUUGUGGAAGUCAAGACGGAGAUAGAAGAGGAUAUCGAGCCUACAGUCACCGGGUUUGAAAGUCGUGCCGUUGCGGUACGUGACAACACUGGAGAAAUUAACAAAAGAAAACUUUUAAUGGACAGGAGUGACGAGGAGGAACUGUUCGACAAUGAAAAGAAGGAUACUGUUGCUUGUCCAGCCUUGACAUCAAGGAGUGUUGUGGAGUCGCGAUAUCGCCGGAUGAGAGAGGUACGCGCUGCACCGCGCUGUCGUAACAGAAGAGGUAGGAGAAGGAAAGUAAGCAAAAGGGGUGUUCGAAGAGACUUCAAACUCGCUAAGUCGUAUGACGACUCUCACUACUCUUCUGUGCAAACGAACGAGGAAACGUAUACCUUCACUUCGUCGGGUCGCGUUAUCCAUGCCCCUAAGCGAUAUCCAAACUAGCAGAGCCAUGGGGACAAGUUGAUGCAUUGCUUGUAUGGCUUCUUGUUGAUCAGGUCACUGCAUAUCCUUUAUGUUUGUGUUCUUCAGUUUUCGUGUAAAUUUGCCUUCUGUCAUAUAGCUUAUUUUGAUGCGGUCAAUCUAAGUCAGUGAUUGUCAAUCUGUUAAGUCUCUUUUGUUUGUUUUCUUUUUCUCGCUAUUUAUUUCAUACACUCCUUCGGGUUCUUGCUUUUAUCUUUCUUUUGUUCCAGUUGUGAUCGCACAAUCAUUCAGUCUCCUU